GUGUCCGCCCCGCCGCUUCCGGCGCGGUGGGUUCUGGCUCCGGGUCGGCAGCGCCCGCUCCGCGCGGAGGUUCCGCCGCCGCCGCAGCAUGUCCACGCUGUUCCCGUCGCUGCUGCCGCGCGUCACCGAGGCGCUGUGGUUCAACCUGGACCGGCCCUGCGUGGACGAGACCGAGCUGCAGCAGCAGGAGCAGCAGCACCAGGCCUGGCUCCAGAGCAUUGCGGAGAAGGACAACAACUUGGUGCCGAUAGGAAAGCCUGCGUCUGAGCAUUACGACGAGGAGGAGGAGGAGGACGACGAGGAUGAUGAAGACAGCGAAGAGGACUCCGAGGACGACGAGGACAUGCAGGAUAUGGACGAGAUGAACGAUUAUAACGAGUCCCCUGACGAUGGGGAGAUCAACGAGGUGGACAUGGAAGGGGCAGAGCAGGAUCAAGACCAGUGGAUGAUCUGAUCCUGCUGCAUCCUGACCGGGCCAGAGCCCGAGAAGUCGGACGAGGCCGGGAGGGAUGUCCUGGCCGACCUGCCGAUUCUGGGGCAGGCUCUGGUGCCCUGCGGGACCCUGGGGGGGGGGGGGGAAGUUACCGAAGCUUCCCUCCCGCUGCUGUGUCUCGUUGCCUUUCUGAGGACUGCAUGGAAUGAGCAGGCUCGGCAUGAAGCUGCCCGCAGGGGCUGGAGCGAUGCUUCAGCUCCUGCUGCAGGCGCCGAGACAGCGCCGGCCAAUGCACAGCUCUGCCCGGGGCAGCUGAGCGGCAGAGGGGUCACGUGAGUGUUGCAUCUUUUCUAAUAAAUAUUACUUUUUUUUUCCAGAAAA